AUGGAACCAUCACAUGGAUAUGAUAACGUAACAAGAGAAUACAAAAUUACAUUAAAUCCGGUUUUGAAAGGCAUUUUUGAUGAAAUACAUUUGUCAGAAAAUUUAUCAGAUAUUGAUUUUAAUAAAAAACAAGCCGUUUACUGUAAUUUGUCACUCUUACAAGAAACAUUACAAAAUACCAGUAAUAUUAACAUUCACUUUAAAAUAUAUAUCAAGGAUGAAUACAAAAAAGUCAUCAAAAUUACUAAUUUUUCAAAGCUAAGACAUGUUGUAAACAUAUAUUCGCAAUUCAGAAAUAGGAUUCUUAUAUCUGAUGACUUUUAUUUUACAGCAUUAACUAUUGAAAAUGUAGAAUUAGUUAAUGAUAGUAGAAUUAAUGCGAAGAAAUUGGAUGUGAGAAACUCUUUUAUUCAUAAAAAUGUGACAAUUAAAUCAAGCUUUGCAUAUCUUCGUAACAGUUCGAUAUUAUGCAAUAUAAAGAAAAUCAAAACAACACACUUUUUUACAAACAGUUCUGAUGUUCAAAUAAACAAAAAUGAAUUAAUAGAUUCAAACAAUGUCUUAAAUAAUCCAUACUAUAGUAAUAUUUGGGUUACUAACAAUGUGACAAUUAAUUAUAAAAGCCCAUGCAAAGUAUUGAGCUUCAAUGUCAAAGGAAAUAGUUCAUAUGUUAACUCUGAUAUUCAAAUCAAUAGACUUAACAUAACUGUAGAAAAAUAUCCAAUGAUUUAUCUCAAUGUAGAUAAUUUUCCAAAAUUUGCUGAUUUUUAUGUUCACAAACUAUUUAUCUAUGACAAAACAGAAUUUUCCAGAGACACAUGUCUAAGACUUUGUUAUCGAACUGAAAUAUAUUCAGAAAAUAAAAGACUUGUUCAAUUCAAAUCAUUUAUAUUAUAUGACACAGGAUCAUUAAAAUCUUCUGAAUUAAUCCUUAAGACAGAUGUUUUUAAUGUUUCAUCCAAGGAUAGUUAUAUCAAAUGUGAUAUCAAUGCAACAUGUUUAAGUGUUGAUUCGAUUUGCUUGACAAAUAUUAAUGAAGUUAAAGGUGUUAAAUAUAUCGAUAUUCAUUAUUCAUUCUUGAAGAUCGGAUAUCUUCAUAUCAAUAAAUUAUUAAUUGAAGAUAAAUUACACAUCAGAUUCUACAAUCUUGAAGAAUCUGAUCAAUUCUACAAUGAUGACGAUUGGGACGAUUUUAUGAUUGAUUUCAUCUGCAUCGAUUAUUUUGAUGUUGAUCUGAAUAAUAUCAGUAGUGAAUUCAUCAGUCCUCAUUGGGACUUCAACGGUAGUACUCGUUUAUUCGAGAGUGAAAUCUAUUCCCGCAACAACAUGACAUGUAUCAGUAUUAAACGACGUAACAAUAAUCCAAAUGAACCAGAUGAAUCAAAUGUCAAUCAUCUUAAGACAAUUCAUAUUAUUCUAAUUGUUUUUGGUAGUAUUUCUAUGCUUCUAAUUUGUAUUUCGUUGAUAUUCUAUUUUAUCAAGAUCAAACGCUCCAAAAUCAAAAAAUUCAUCUCAGAAGAUUUAAUAUCUACAACUAGUUUAGUCAGUUUAUGA